AUGUCGGUGACCCAGUCUUCAAACGCUGAAGGCACGUCCCAGUCCAAGGCAUCUGCCACCCCAAAAUCCUUACCUCAACCAGCACAAAAGCAUGGGAUGAGGGUAAAUGGCAAGAACUGGCAUACCCCGAAGAAACCAUUCCGCCCCAUGGCCGGACGGACUUCUUACGCCAAACGGAAAGAGCUGGACCAAAUCACGCAAGCAACCAAGGCUAGAGAACAGGAGAUGCGAGAUGAGAAAGAUCAAGAGCGAAAUCAGAGAGUUCAAACCAUCAAAGAUCGCAGGAAGGCAAAAGAAGAGAAAGAGCGGUAUGAGAAAAUGGCAGAGAAGAUGCACAGCAAAUUGGUGGAAAGAAGAAAGCGAAGAGAAAAGCGGAAUAAAAUGUUGAAGAGCUAG